AUGGAAGCGAGGGUCCAAAACCUCCUACCAGUGAACAAGAUCAAGUCAACAGCUUAUAUCAAUAAGGUCAGUUCUGUGUCACCUCCACGUUCCAAGGUGUCGUACGAGAAGCAGCGGUCUCAAUCAACAUUUGUGGAAGAAUCGGGAAUUAAUGCCCUUGCAUUGCUAGGAAAUCAGCAACCUCCUCGACCUAUACAACCACUUUCCACUUCACAAAUGUAAGU